AUGAAGAUUGUGGCCUGCGUCACGGACGAGAACUUGCGCAAGCUGGUGGAGGUUCUUGAGGACGGGAGUGAAUGCAUCAAGGGAUAUGUCCUGUUCUACGUUGAUGACACCCUAGCCGUGGGACCUCAGGAGUAUGUGCACGGCUUCUAUGAUUGGUUGGGAGCUACGUGGGAAACGAGCGGAAGAGAAGUGGUUUCCAAGAACUCGGUGGUGAGGUUUCUUGGGUUGGAACUCUCGUUGACGGAGGAGGGCGAAUGGGCCACCGAUGCGAUUCCCGAGAACCCGGACCGCUCUCCCGAGCUUGUGAAGGAAGCCCAGCAGAGGCCAGCCCCGCCGCCUGGUGAUGUACAGCGACGCGUCACAUUCCUCAGCGGGGGAAAAAUCCAUCUCCGGCACUGUCGUGCUUUGGAGAGGACUACGUUGCAAGACAUGGGCAUCUUCCCGGACAAGUGUGAGCUGAGAGUGGAUGCCGCUGCGGCGAUUGCAGUGGCGAACUCGGGAGGAAGCUGGCGAACACGUCAUCUACGACUACGUGAACAUUGGCUGGCGGAGUUGGUUGAGUCAGGUGAGUGCCAGCUUAUACAUCAACCCGGGCUAGACCAGCUUGCAGACGGACUUACAAAGCAGCUCGCUUCGGAGAGAUCAUGGAGGCUUUUUGAAGCCUGGGGCUUUAUGAAGGGACCUGCCCUAAGAGGCAUCAAGAAGGUGAACUUCUUCGAAAACGAAGACGUGGAGGUCGCACCAGCAGAUCCCGCCGCAGCAGCAACAGCGCACUCCACAGUGGCAACAGAACGCUCCACAGCAGCAACAGCAGACUCCACAGCAACCACCGAACACCCAACAUUUGCAACAGUUGUGAAUGGAAGGACCCUGAGUAGGUGUAUCCAGGUUGUAAUAGGACUUGGGUUGGUUGUUGGCGUGUUCGGAGACAAGGACCUCCAUGUGUACACUGGUGUGGACUCUGAUCACGAGCUUUGGAUAGCUGUAGCUGUGAAGAUGAAGAUGAUGAAGCCAGAUGUGAAGCCUGGCCUUUCAAAGCCUGAAGGAAAGGAGCUACUGGGACUUUUGGGGCUGGAGACAAGAUCAGUUGAGCAAGAGGCACGUCUUGCUGUGCUGAUUAACAAGUUUCAACUUCAAAACUCUGGAGGGCUUGGAGUUCCUACUACUUCGACAUCAAGAUUGUCGGCGCCGAGUGCGGAGAGAGUGCAGACGCAGAAAUGGAGCCGAGGGGUUCAGACGGAUCCCGAGCCUGCUGUUUCUCAAGGAGUGAUUUACCCUUCAGCGGUGGGUUCAAGUAUUCGAUACAUUGUGCAGCCUUGGGAAGGAGAUCUGUGUGUGAGUCCGAAUGGAGAUCGGAUCCACAUCAGACCUGACUGUCAUGGUCUUCGACACGCUUCCCGAGCCAUCAAGAAGCCUAUGUGUCAGUACUGCUUGAAUGACUGGAGGAACAGACCAGAGCUGACUAAGCCAGGGUCUUCAGGACGUUGA